AUGCCCGAGAAUGUCCUGCGGAUCAGCGGCGAGGGCGCGGAGAUCCCCAUGCACCGGCAUCCGACGGGACAUCGUUCAGUCGAUCUCACCCAGCUUCCCCCAGAGAAGUUCAAGAUCGACCAGUCAGUGGCCGACCAGCUGCUGGGCCCCAUCUUCUGGGGCCGACAGCGCAAUUCGGACCAGGCGAACGCCACUGCCGAGGACAAGCCGAAGGAGACGACGGCGCCGAAGACGGAGGUCCACAGCAGCGGGACCGCCGCGGGCGAGACGCCGUCGGCGGGGGCCUCCGGCGGCAACCGCUUCGAGAAGUCGGUGCAGCAGUCGGGGCAGAUCAAGGCCGCCGUGGGGAAGGUCAAGGACAAGGUCGAGCUCACCAGGCAGGCCGCGGUGAAGGUGAAGCAGGGCUUCGAGGACUACAAGGGGAAGGUCGUCGAGAUGAAGAACCAGCUGGCCGAGGUUGACAAGCAGCAGCACGAGUACCACGAGAAGCUGCUGGGCCACUUCGACGGGGAGGAGUCCGACCGCAUGAGCGCCUUUGACAACGCCCCCUCGCUGGAGUCGGAGGGCUCUUCGAAUGCAACCGCGGCAGCGUCGGGCCUCCUCCAGGCCCACGAACGCCUGCAGCCCUCCAAGGAGCACGUGAAGGUGAGCGCCGGCGGCUCCCUCCAUGCAGCGCGCCACUGA